CGUCGCCGGUGUCGUCGUCGUCGUCGUCGUCGUCGUUCGACGUCAGUGCCAUAUGCACGUCGCGCGGCGUGCACGGCGGUCUUACGAGAUGUGGGUGAAGCCGCAGGAAGUGCUGCUCGCCAACGCGUUCUGGAUUACCGAGCAGGCGACUGUGUACUUUGUCUUGCAACGUCGCAAAGGACAUGGAAAAACAAAAGGUCUUACCUCCAUAUUGGUGGGCACGUUGGACAGUGUUUUCGACACUAAACCACCACCCUUUAGAAUUCUCCAUCAGACACCAUCGUCGGAAGUUUAUUGGGAAGUGGCGUGUUCCUUAACCCGUGAGGAGAUUUUGCAGGAUUGGGAAUGGCUCCACUCGAAUUUAAUGACCACGCUCACGUCGUUUGAUACCGAGGAGGAGAUAACGGAAUUCGUUUGCUGCAAAAUUCAAUCCAUCAUAGCGAAUAGCAUUCCGGAUUCUCAGUUCGCAGAUGAAGAAGACCCAGAGUCUUUUAAAACUGUGUCUUUUAAAUUCCACCAAUUGUUCAAUAUACCCAAAGAGGACAAAUUGGUCAAUUAUUAUUCAUGCAGUUACUGGAAAUCACGACUACCUAGACAAGGAUGGCUCUACUUAUCUGUAAACCACAUGUGCUUUUACGCUUAUAUACUGGCGAGAGAAACGAAGUUGACCGUGAGAUGGACAGACAUUACGGAAUUGAGCAAAACCAAUUCCCUUUUAGUUCCAGAUAGUAUACGUGUCGUAACACGUGACAAUAAAGAGCAUUAUUUUUCUAUGUUUUUACAUAAAUCAGAAACGUAUUCGCUAAUGGAACAACUGACCAAUAUUGCUAUGAAAAGACUUAUUGAUGAAAAGAGUGGAUUUAAUGAGGAUAGAGAUCUACUGAAUAAAUUAAGCAAAAAUGUGCCUAAGAAGCCGUCUUUCCUGAAGAGGGAUCUCGACGCACGAGCGCAUUCGGAAACGUACAGGCUCCAGUUCAGGUUGCCAGGAACUGAGAAAUUGGAUGGUAGCAUUGACGCCACCCUGUGGACUCCGUACAGCAAAAGAUACGUUUGGGGAAAGAUAUACUUGUCUCAAAAUUAUCUUUGUUUCGAAAGUAGGGUGAGAAGGCAGGUUAGUUUGGUGAUACCUCUGAGGGAAGUAACGCUCGUCGAGUCGGCGGAAAAUCAGUCCAGCGCAGGAGCGGAUAAGUCAAUAUUGGUCACAACGGCGCGUUCGUCGUUUCUGUUCGCCCAGAUACACGACAGAGAUUUCGUGGUGCAGAAAAUCUCCGAGCUCCUGGCAAAGUCAAAACUCAAUUAUAUAACAAGAGACAAUGUGUAUUUGCCGAACUCCUCGGGCGGUAAUGUCAGCAACUGCGAAGAGAAGCCUGCGGAACAGUGGAAGCCGCAGCCGCCGCUGAUGAUACUUUUCAAGGCUCCACUGACCCCCGAGGCCGCGUUGAAGCAAGAGGCUAAGGAGAAGCAGUGGGAGCUCCAUUUCGCGGAGUACGGAAGGGGGAUCACAAUGUACCGGACUACGGAAACUACGAAGCUCGUUAUUCAAGGAAUACCGCAGUCCCUCAGAGGAGAAGUUUGGCUCACCUUUUCUGGUGCCUUAAACGAGAAGGCAAUGAAUCCAGAUCUGUACAAAUCGUUGGUCGAACAAUCCCUCGGCAAGUCGUGCCAAGCGAAUGAGGAAAUCGAAAGAGAUUUGCAUAGAUCGCUACCGGAACAUCCGGCUUUCCAAUCGGAUACCGGAAUCAACGCGUUGCGGAGGGUACUGUCUGCCUACGCGUGGCGAAAUCCUCAGAUCGGCUAUUGUCAGGCAAUGAAUAUAGUGGCUUCGGUUCUGCUAAUCUACUGCUCCGAGGAGUCAGCGUUCUGGCAGUUAUGUAACGUUUGCGAAUCAUUAUUGCCUGAUUACUACGAUCGGAGAGUAGUCGGUGCUCUCGUUGACCAAGGCCUUUUGGAGGAACUGGCAGCCGAGCAUUUGCCAGUUUUGCACGCCAAGUUGCAGGAGCUUGGCUUGAUUAAAGUUAUCUCAUUAUCCUGGUUUUUGACUAUAUUCUUGAGCGUCAUGCCAACCAGUAGUGCUGUAAAUAUCAUGGACUGUUUCUUUUACGACGGGGCGAAAGUUAUUUUUCAGAUAGCGUUGACUGUGUUAGAAUGGAAUCAAGACAAAUUACUCAAUUGUCGCGAUGAUGGGGAAGCUAUGCAACUGUUAACAGAUUACCUCGGUGGUGUUUACAACGACGAAGGCCCAAUAUUUCCUAGACCGGUUGAUAGUGCGUCACCCAUUAAGAGUAUAUCUGUCCAAACGUUGAUUUAUGAAGCGUACUCGAGGUAUGGAUCUUUAACAAUUGGCGGGAUAGAAAGGUUACGCCUGAAGCACAGGCUGAGAGUAGUUCAGAGCCUCGAAGAUGGAAUUGAGAAAAACGUAAUCAGAAGCGUUAUUGUUGAUAAAUAUAUGAAAAUAGAAGAGCUGCAGGAAUUGUUAAGUUUAGUGCGAGAAGAGCUGAUGAGCCAACGAAAAUCCGAACCCGAUCGUUACGAUCCGACCCAACCGCCGUAUGAAGCGUAUAAAGUAGAUUUUGACCUGUUCAGAAUAUUAUUUGGCGGUCUAUCGCCGUGGGGAAAGUGCACCCAGGCCGAAUCUCUUUCCGCGCGACUAUUCCGUUUGAUGGAUCGUAAUCGCGACGGCUUACUAAACUUCCGAGAGCUGGUGCAGGCUAUAGGGAUGACAGCAACAGCCGAUUUGACGCAGAGAUUAAAGCUAUUGUAUACGUUGCAUUUACCACCGCUUCUUACGCCUGCCGACUUUGAAUCGCCGACACAUUCAGCAGAUGGAGCCGAAGUGGCGGCAGAAGCGACGGAUUUCUUCGACAGCAUGGAGCAGAGCGUGGCCUCCUUAGAAAUGCCGAUCAGCGUGGCCGAAGAGCCGACCGUGGGCUCCUUAUCGCGAUCCACGAGCUUGAACAGCCAGGCAGGCGACCAGUCGUGGGAGGUUCAGAGUAUGGGUAGCUUGCGCUCGAUGAUAGCGUCAAAGGACAGUCCGCUGGACCUCAAAACCGUGCCAAAGAUGUCCCAGGGACAUUUUAUAGCACUAUGGAAAACGCUUUACGACAUGUUUCCCGCUCAACCUGAAGAACAGGAAACAUAUCACUGCAUCGCUUCCAUAGGUACGCUUUUGCUCCAAUUGGGGGACGUCGGUAAGAAAUUCUACGUGGAGAGAGAAGAAUCUGACGAUAGUUUGCUUUUGGCCGCUUCAGCAGCUCAAGCUCCUUCAGCUGUCGAGAGGUCACCCGACCGCAAUGGAAAUCCAUCGAGCGUAGCGUCGUCCGCCGAUCCCGAUUGGUCGAUAACCGUCGAGCAAUUUUUGGCAUCUGCUUUGACGGGCCAGGCAAUAGUGGACUUCUUCAGUAAACGAACCGACCUCAUGGAAGCUAUGACAACAUUGAAAAAUCGUAGAUUCAAUCGUGUUCAUUCUUUAUCAGACACACCCACUCUGAACGGAUGACACACGGUGAUCAACGUGUAAAUGGAUUAGUACAUCUAUUUCUAUGCAUGGUUGGCUUCGAUAAAUUUGACGAAGGAGAAAACAGUGAAUUGCUUAAAAGAGGAAUUUAUAUAUUAUUGCUAUUUAGAGAACACGAAUUUUAAUUUGGAAAAAAACGCAUUUGCAUGAAUGACAAUACGUGCAAUAUAAUAGCUGUAACAGUACAGGUUUGUUUGUUACAAUACCGCGAAAUCGCGUCAAGAUUUUUAUAAUCAUUAUUUUCCAAAUUUCUGCUAUAAACACUUUCGUGCGAAUGAAAUACAUAUAGCAUUAGUUGGUUUUAGUGGAUUCCAACAGCGUCUUUUACAAGAUAAAUUCAAUUCCAGUUCAUUGUAUUCCAAUUCAUUAUGUUAAGAAAGGCGAAAAUAUGAUUAUUUUUUAAAUAGUUAAUCUAUUGCGGUAUUAACAAUAAUAUAAUAGUAUAAUUAGUUUUUGAGAAUUUCUUAAUGAUAUGACAUAUGUUUAAUACGUCGGCCUACCUUAUCAGUCACAAAUGUAGAAUAGUCCGUCAAUAAAUACUCAGGAGAAAAAUCUGAAA